ACAUCUCCCUGCUUUGUAUCGUCUUCUGAUUUCUCUCUCUAAAUUUACUUUUUGUUCUCUCUCUCUCUGUGGAUUCAUCAUCGUCUUUGGUGGAAACACGACAAGACGAGAGAGAAAGCGGACCGGAAAGCAAAGACAAAAAGGAAACAAGUUCACCGGGAAUGUCGCCGUCGCUGAUUUUCCCGGCGAUUCUCCGGAGGUAGUACAAGUAGAGUGCCAUAUACCCUAAAAAAAAAUGCAAGAGGCUCUUUUCAGUUUCUCCGACGACAUUCACGACAAGACCCCAUCUUGCACUGAACCCACUUCUUUCCUACGAGGUGGCUCACGAUCCCAGCAAAGCUCCCGCCGCGUGGUCCCCACGCACUGCGACGCGGUCGCGGCGACGGAUUCUCCGGCGACGGAGGUUCGGACAGUGGAGAAGCUUCUGAAGAACGGCGACCUGUACAAGGGAGGUUUGUCGGCGGGCGUGCCCCAUGGGGCAGGAAAGUACCUCUGGUCCGAUGGGUGCAUGUACGAAGGAGAGUGGACGCGCGGGAAAGCGAGCGGAAAAGGCCGAUUUUCAUGGCCGUCGGGUGCCACGUACGAGGGGGACUUCAAGGACGGUCGGAUGGACGGCGAAGGCACAUUCAUCGGCAUCGAUGGCGAUACUUACAGAGGGCAUUGGCUUUGGGGUCGAAAACAUGGCUAUGGAGAGAAGAGGUACGCAAAUGGCGACGUUUACCAAGGGAACUGGAAGGCGAAUCUUCAAGACGGCCAUGGAAGGUACGUUUGGAGCGACGGGAACGAGUAUGUCGGAGAAUGGAAGAACGGCGUUAUCUCCGGGAAAGGUGUGAUGACUUGGGCUAAUGGGAAUCGAUACGAUGGGAUUUGGGAGAAUGGGGUUCCAAAAGGGAAAGGGAUUUUCACCUGUGGUAACGAGAUAACUAGUACUAGCCAUAGCAAUAGCAAUAGUAAUAGCAAUACUAACAAUCAUCACUUUGGUGGGUGGGGAAGGAAGAAGAAGAAGGAAUCGUCGGUGACGGAGACCAUGUCGACGACGAUCAUGGAGGAAGAUAUGGCGAGUAAGUUGUUAACGGAUGCUGCGUCUCGGAACACGAACUUUCCGAGGAUCUGCAUAUGGGAAUUGGAUGGUGAUGCUGGCGAUAUUACUUGUGACAUUGUUGAUAACGUUGAAGCUGCGUCCAUGUAUAGUCAAUACACGAGCGAGUCAGAUACGGGCGAUAACACAAGCGGAGGGGGAGAAUCCGAAUCACUGAGGAGUCCAUUGUGGUCGAACAGGGAAGCUGUGAAUGUGAAGAGGAGUCCUAGGUGGUUGGAUCAAGGGGAUGUGAAGAAACCUGGACAAACAGUGACGUUUGGGCACAAGAACUAUGAUUUGAUGUUGAAUCUGCAACUUGGUAUUAGGCAUUCUGUCGGGAAGCAUGUGUCAGUGCUUCGGGGACUCAAGCAAUCCGAUUUUGAUCCUAAGGAGAAGUUCUGGACAAGGUUUCCUCCUGAAGGGUCGAAGUCCACACCUCCGCAUCAAUCUGUGGAGUUUAGAUGGAAGGAUUAUUGCCCCAUGGUGUUUAGGCAUUUGAGAGAAUUGUUUGCCAUUGACCCGGCAGACUACAUGUUGGCCAUAUGUGGAAAUGAGUCACUCCGAGAGUUUUCUUCCCCGGGAAAGAGCGGAUGCUUCUUUUACUUGACUCCAGAUGAACGAUUCAUGAUAAAAACAGUGAAGAAAUCUGAAAUCAAGGUGCUGGUUAAGAUGCUUCCAAGUUACUAUGAACACGUUUGCAAGUACAAGAACUCGUUGGUGACAAAGUUUUUCGGGGUGCACUGUGUCAAGCCAGUGGGAGGUCAAAAGACACGCUUCAUUGUGAUGGGGAAUCUUUUCUGUUCGGAGUACCGUAUUCACAAGAGGUUCGACUUGAAAGGUUCAUCUCAUGGACGCACAAUCGACAAGCCUGAAGGUGAAAUUGACGAGACCACGACACUCAAAGACCUGGACCUGAAGUAUGUGUUUCGGCUUGAGAGCUCGUGGUAUCACGAGUUUAUCAGGCAAAUCGAUAGAGAUUGCGAGUUCUUAGAAACCGAGAAGAUUAUGGACUACAGUCUCUUGAUCGGCCUUCAUUUUCAGGACGAUUCCUUGCGCGACGACAUGUCCUUGAACAUUGCUCGAAGAGACCAUGAUGACAGAUUGAUGAGAGGGUAUCAUUCACUUCCAAAUAUGGAUUGUAUCAUCGAAAGCAACAGGGGGCCAUUGAUCAAGCUCGGGGCAAACACACCCGCGAAAGCAGAGCGGGUGACAGGACUUGAACAGGAGUCAUACCCAGGCAGCGAAAGCAAUGCCUCGACACCCAAGAGUACGAGCAAUGAGGUAUUGGAUGUGAUCCUAUAUUUCGGUAUAAUCGACAUUCUCCAAGACUACGAUAUCACGAAAAAGCUAGAGCACGCGUACAAAUCCCUUCAAGCAGAUCCCACUUCGAUCUCAGCAGUGGAUCCAAAACUCUACUCAAGAAGGUUCAGAGAUUUCAUUAACAGGAUUUUCCUAGAAGGCAAAUGAGAAGAAGAAACUUGGUCCUGACAAAUUGGUGAGUGUUUUUUCUUGUGGCUGAAACCAAGGAACUGUUUGCUGUCUAAGGGAGAGUAUUGCCAGAGUGCAGUGACAACAGAUACAGACAGGAAAUAUGCACACAUGACUUGCACAGAGUUUACUGAUGGAGUCUGAGACCUGUGGUUUGAGUUGUUAAGCGUUCAGAAUUUCAGGAAUAGGGCGUUUGGCGAUUGGCGUUUGGGGAUUGGAAUAUAUAUAUAUAUAUGUAUGUAUGUAUGUAAUUGGCUUCUUUCUUCCCGUUUUAUUCAUUGGGGAAGCAAAGAGUUUUUGUACUCAAACAGAAGCAGGUGAAGAGAAAUAUAUAGGCAAAUGCUUCUGGAGUUCAUUGUUUUGUGGCGAUCCCAUGAAUUUGUACAGAGAAAAUCGGGUAAAAUGGGCAUUUGAGAUUCUUUUUUUUUUUGGGUCGGAUUCUUGUCCUAGAUCUUUAAUUUUAUUUUUGUCGAUU